AUGGCACGAGAGAAUGAGAAUUAUAAAAGUGACAUCGAGCUCACGGUACACGUGAGUCGUGGUGUUUUAAAAUUAAUCGGCGUUUGGCCACAUCAAGAAACUCGAGGGAACAUAUUAAGAGGGAUUCUUAUAAAACUCUUGAGAGUCAUUUGCCAAUUUCUAUUAUGUUUCAUCCUGAUACCCGGAUUAUUGAAUACAUUCCUAAAGGAAAAAGAUCCUCGUCGUAGAUUAAAGGCGAUAGGACCAAUGUGCAAUUGUCUGAUGGCUGUCUUGAAGUACACGACGUUUCUUUAUCAAGGAGAAAAGCUGGAAGAUUGCGUGACUCGGCUCGAGGAGGAUUGGAAACAAGUUGUAAGGUUGAAGGAUCGUCAAACUAUGUUAGAAAAGGCAAAAAUUGGCCGAAGUAUCGCGAUACUUUGCGUGGCUUUCGUUUACAUCAGUGGCUUCUCGUUUCGCAUAAUCGUUCCAUUAUCGAGUGGAACGAUUGUAAACGCUCGAAACGUUACGAUAAGACCUCUCGCCUUCUCUUGCUAUUUCGUUUUCUUCGAUCCUCAAAAAACGCCAGCUUACGAGAUCGUAUUCGCGAUACAAUUUAUGGCUGGUUUCGUAACUUACUCUAUAACUAGCGGUGCAUGUAGUUUGGCUGCUCUAUACGUUCUUCAUGCUUGCGGACAACUCGAGAUCCUUAUAAGAAGAUUAGAGGAGCUCGUUGAGAAUCCUAACGCGAAUACCGUCGCGCUCGAUGAAAAAUUAGCCACAUUGGUGAGACAUCAUAUAACGGUUAACAGCUUUUUAAAGAACAUCGAGGACGCCAUGCAACAUAUAUGUCUGGUGGAAGUGAUCGGUUGCACAUUGAUUUUAUGCCUUCUCGGAUAUUAUAUCAUAAUGGAAUGGGAAAAUAACGACACGGUAGCGAUGCUAACGUAUGCGAUAUUACUGAUCACUUUUACGUUUAACAUUUUUAUCUUCUGCUUCAUAGGAGAACUUUUAACAGAUCAGGCUACGAAAGUCGCAAACACGUCCUGCACGCUCGAAUGGUUCCGCUUACCAGGAAGAACAGCACGUUGUUUAAUUUUGGUAAUGGCGAUGUCGAAUCGACCGGUGAAAAUUACAGCUGGGAAGUUUUUAGAUCUUUCUCUCAAUAGUUUUGGUACAGUAGUUAGAACGUCGGUAGCGUAUUUGAAUAUGCUUCGUACUACUAUUUAAUAUCUGAUUGUUCCGGGAACACGGAUUCAUUUGAAAUAAAUUAAAGCAUUUACCUCAUCUCCACUUCGAUAAUAUGUAAUCGAUUACAAGC